AUGGAGCUCCACAGGCCUCCCACUAAUGUGACUGAAUUUGUUCUCUUGGGUCUCACACAGAAUCCACGCUUGCAGAAAAUACUGUUCAUUGUCUUUUUGUUUGUUUUCCUAUUUACCGUGUUGGCUAAUCUGCUCAUUGUCAUCACCAUUUCCUUCAGCCCCACACUUUCAGCUCCCAUGUAUUUCUUUCUCACUUACUUGUCCUUCAUAGAUGCCUUCUACACCUCUGUCACCACCCCCAAAAUGAUAAUUGACCUGCUGUACCAGAGGAGAACGAUAUCGUUGGGUGGCUGUCUGACUCAGCUCUUUGCGGAGCACUUUCUGGGAGGAUCAGAGAUUAUCCUCCUCAUUGUUAUGGCCUAUGACCGCUAUGUGGCCAUAUGCAAACCUCUGCAUUACAUGACCAUCAUGCGACAAGGACUCUGCAGACUCCUGGUGGGAGCCUGGCUUGGAGGGAUCCUGCAUGCUACCAUGCAAAUAUUUUUUAUGAUCAAUCUGCCCUUCUGUGGCCCCAAUAUCAUCGAUCACUUCAUGUGUGAUCUCUUCCCAUUGUUGAAACUUGCUUGCAGAGACACGCACAGGCUGGGCUUGAUAGUGGCUGCCAACAGUGGGGCCAUGUGCUUGCUCAUAUUUACCAUGCUCCUCAUCUCAUACAUAGUUAUCCUUCAAUCCUUGAAAUCUCAUAGUUCUGAAGGGAGACGCAAAGCUCUCUCCACAUGUGGCUCUCACUUCACUGUGGUUGUUCUCUUCUUUGUGCCUUGCAUAUUUACUUACAUGCGCCCUGUGACCACCUACCCUGUGGACAAGCUGGUGACUGUGUUCUUUGCAGUCCUCACUCCCAUGUUAAAUCCUAUCAUUUAUACAGCAAGAAACACAGAGGUGAAGAAUGCCAUGAAGAGUUUGUGGAAGAGGAGAAUAACUUAG